AUGGGCGUCGUCAAGGGAGGCGUUUGGACCAAUAUUGAGGAUGAAAUCCUCAAAGCCUCCGUGUCCAAAUAUGGUCUGAACCAGUGGGCGCGUGUCUCGUCACUGCUCGCGCGCAAGACCCCGAAGCAGUGCAAGGCAAGAUGGAACGAAUGGCUGGACCCGAGCAUCAAGAAAACCGAAUGGAGCAAGGAGGAGGACGAGAAGCUUCUGCACCUCGCCAAGCUUAUGCCGACGCAAUGGCGCACCAUCGCACCUGCUGUCGGCCGAACCGCCAAUCAGUGUCUCGAGCGAUACCAGAAGCUCCUCGACGAAGCCGAAGCAAGAGAAGCUGGCCAAUUCAGUCUCACGGGUGUUGAUGGUGGCGAAGCAUCGGCCCCUAGCGCCGACGAUGUGAGACGACUACGCCCCGGCGAGGUCGACCCCGACCCAGAGAGCAAGCCCGCUCGACCCGACACGAUCGAUCUCGACGAGGAUGAGAAGGAAAUGUUAAGCGAAGCUCGCGCGCGUCUGGCCAACACACAGGGAAAGAAGGCGAAGAGAAAGGCCAGAGAACGUCAGCAGGAGGAGUCGCGCCGUUUGGCUGCGUUGCAGAAGCGACGCGAGCUGAAAACGGCCGGCAUUAACAUCAAAGUCGUUACUCGCAAGAAAGGCCAGAUGGAUUACAAUGCCGAUAUUCCUUUCGAGAAAAAGGCCGCCCCGGGAUUCUACGACACCGCUGAAGAGCAGGUCCGGAAUGAACACCAGCGUGAGGCGUUCGAUCCAAGAAAGCAACAACUCGCGAGUAAGCGCAAGGGAGAUGGCGACGAUGAUGGGGAAAACAAGAGGAGGAAGAAGGAAAAGGAGGCACCCUCCGCAUCGUUUCAGGCUGCCGUGAAGGCAGGCCAGAUGCAGAAGAUCAGAGAGGCCGAGCAGAGCAGCAAGAGAAGGGCGCUGAAUCUGCCAGCUCCUCAGGUGAGCGAGGGUGAGUUGGAGGAGAUUGUCAAGAUGGGCAUGAUGGGUGAGAGGGCAAGCAUGAUGGCACGUCAAAGCGAAAACGAUGCAACCCGUGGCUUAAUCAGCGAAUACUCGACCUUGAACAACAACGCCCCGAUCCGAACGCCUCGAGCUCCCGCCCAGGAAGACCAUAUCGCGAACGAGAUACGGAAUAUCAGAGCCUUGACGAACACCCAGUCUUCAUUACUUGGUGGCGAAAAUACUCCGCUACACGAAGGAUCCGAGUCGACUGGCUUCGAUGGCGUCGCCCCCCGCAAGCAAGUGGUUGCGACACCAAACCCUCUGGCAACACCAAUGCACACAGGCAGCGUUGGCCAAACACCAGCACGCGUUGGACAGACUCCGAUGAGGACGCCUCGCGACAGCUUCGCAUUGAAUGCCGACGGCAGCCAAGCUCUCGUUUCGGCGACACCGCGAGAUGUUAAGAUGCGAGAAAUGGCCCUGCGCAGCCAGUUGAGACAAGGUCUCGCAUCUUUGCCCAGGCCCAAAGAUACCGAAUGGGAGCUUGAACUUCCUGAAGAUCAAAAGGACGUUGCUUCAAAUGAGGAUCAGUUGAUGGAAGAUGCUGGAGAGAGGGAUCGCCGGGAACGCGAGUUCAAGGCAGCACAAGAAGCACUGGAGGCGCGGAGACGAACACAGGUCAUGCAGAGACAUCUGCCUCGCCCGCUCAAAGUGGAUGUCUCGGCUCUGCUUUCGAAUGCCGAGACUAUCCAGGGCACUGCUGAAGCACUCAUUGCUCGAGAGGCUGCUGCUUUGGUCGCCAAUGAUGCUGUCAAGUAUCCUGUACCCGGCUGCAGGGUCAGUGGCACAGCCCCUCGGCUGGACACCAUCAGCGACGAUGACCUGGCAGAGGCACGUCGCCAGAUUCUAUCAGAGACCAAGCCGAGGCCGUCGUCAGCCGACAUUCAAGCUUCGAUCGAGGCCCGGAGCAAGACGUCUUUGCUUUUAGGUCUGGGAUGCUAUGGCGAUGAUGAAGAGGAAGAGGAGGCAGCUAUGAAAAACGCUUUCGAUUCUAUCCAAGAUUCCAUCUCCAGCACCGCUGAGGAGGGUAUCAAGCUCGAGAAGAAGUUGGGUCUACACCUGGGUGGAUAUCAGAAGCGACAAAAGAUGCUCAAAGACAAGAUUGGCGAGGCCGCCGAGGCGCUGGAGAAGGCCAACAACGCCCUCAGCGGUUUCAAGACGCUUGCCAUUUCGGAGGAGGUUGCGAUUCAACGGCGUCUGAGUGCUCUGAGGGAAGAAGUCGGGUUUGUCAGUAGGAGAGAACGCGAGGCGCAGGAGCUCUACCGCAAGACAAAGGAUGAACUGGAUGCGCUGCGGGUUAAUGGGAUGAAUGGUCACUACUGA